AGGUCAUAUGAAUAGUUACCUUUUGUAAGUUUAUUGUUGAUUUUAAUAAGUGGUUGGAAGAAUGAAGAUUUUAGUUAAGCUAAUUCAUAUUUGAAAAAGUAUUCAUUUAAUAUAUUAUGAAUUUAGAAUAGAUUAAACAAUAAAGAGAAAAAAUAAACCUCCUCAAAUAAAUAAAAUAUAAGAAUAGGGAUAAACAACAAAUGAUGUGAAUGUUAAUUUAGAUAAAAAAGUUGAUGAUUAAUAAGUAUGAUUAUUAGUUCUUAGAUUUAAUAAGGUGGAAAGACGAAACAAUUAUUAAGGAAACUAUCGUAGAUAUAAUAAUAAUUCUUCAUAUAGAAGAUUUGAUAAGAGAGUUAAACGUGAUUAUGAUAGAAGUCAAAAAAAUGAUAGGAAUGAUGAAUAUGAUCGAAAUGAUAAAAAUGAAAGAAAUGAUAAAAAUGAUAGGAAUGAUAGGAAUGAAAGAAAUGAUAGGAAUUAAAGAAACGAUAGAAAUGAUAGGAAUGAUAGGAAUGAUAGGAAUGAUAGAAAUGAUAGGAAUGAUAGGAAUGAUAGGAAUGAUAGGAAUUAUAGUUUCAAUAGAGACAAAUAUAGAAACAGAUUUAAUGAUCGAGAUAGAAAUAACAGAGAUAGAGAUCAAAAAGGGGAUGAAAAAAGUAAAUUUUAUAAAUUAAAAUAUAAGAUUAAAGAAAUUAUUAAUAUCAUGCAAAGUGGACACAUGAUUGCUUUGAAAAGGAUAAAGAUUAGAGUCCAAAUAAUAAUGUAUAUACUAUUUUUUAUUUAAACUAUUAGCAAGUCAAGCCAAGAGGUUCCCCAAUAUACAAAUGAAUAAGAUAAAUAUGC